AUGAAAGAGGAUCUUAUCGCGCGAGAAAGAUUAUGCGGUCAUUGCAAAAAACCAAUGAAGCUGAUAGAGUGUGAUGAUCGGUCAGAUGGGUACAAAUGGGAAUGUCGCAGACAAGAAAAUGGUAAACGGCACAAGACAGAAAUGUCUAUUCGUCAUGGAAGCUGGUUCGACAAUAGCAACAUGAUGCUUGUAGAAAUAUUAAAAUUUACGUAUUGGUGGUGCCGCAAAGUUAAACAAGAGAAUAUUUGUCACGAGAUGAGUAUUGCUUCAAAUACUGCAGUUGAUUGGGACAGCUUCUGUUGUGAAACAUGCGAAGUGACACUGCUUGAACGAAAACAGCAAAUUGGUGGGCCAGGCAAGGUUGUGCAGAUUGAUGAAAGCAAAUUCGGAAAGAGGAAAUACCAGCGCGGCCAUCGUGUGGAAGGACAGUGGGUGUUUGGAGGAAUUGAAAAAGGUUUUAUGGCAGCGGUAGACAAACAAGAUGAGGCAACCCUUCUACCAAUAAUUUUCCAAAACAUUGCGAAGGGAACAACCAUAGUUUCAGAUUGUUGGAAAGCUUAUAUUAAUUUGGAAAAAUAUGGCUACGAACAUCGGUUGGUUAAUCAUUCUAAAGAAUUUGUGAACACUGAAGGAUUUCAUACUAAUAAAAUAGAAGGACACUGGAGGCAAGCAAAAUAUCAAUUGCCAUCCUUUGGGGUGAAAAAGAUUGCCUUUUCAUCUCACCUAGCAGAAUUUCUUUGGCGAUAUGAAAAUAAGGGUCAGGACUUAUUUUCUGUUUUUCUACAAGAUGUGAGAAAAAUCUACGGAGAAUUUAAAUAA